UGAUAAAACUUGGCAUUAUAAUCAUGAUAAUGUCGUGGAUCUUUCUUUUACAGUUUAUGUUUUGUUUCAGUUAUGGUAGAGAAGUAGACAGUGUGGGAUUCCCAGACGGAGACAAAAAACGUUUAUUAAUUAAUGACCCAGACGCCAUCAACAAUAGGCUCGAACAUUUAGAACGAUCACUUCAACAACAACAAGCUACAAUACUUCAACUAACAAGUAAUAUGCCUCUCAAUCAAGGAUCAAAUUACAUACAGUGGGGAAAACUAAGUUGUUCAGCUGCAAAUACAGAAACCGUUUACUCAGGUUUUGCCACUGGACAGCACUAUGAUACAACAAAGUAUUCAGACAGGUUUGGUGGACCAGCCAACUUUCUUUGUCUACCUAAUAAUCCAGAGUUAAGUAACAGAACAAUACCGGGUAGCAGUUUUCUGUACGGAACUGAGUACGAAGAGAACUUUUUGCACAGUGACUCGGAUGGUCAAGACGUGCCGUGUGCUUUUUGCAGAAGUCCCGGUUCAGCUUCGACAGCAAUGUUCCCAGGAAGAAAGACCUGCUACGAUGGUUGGAAAAUGGCAUAUUUAGGGUAUAUAAUGUCUGGGUAUUUCGGUUAUAGAGCUUCAUCUUACAUCUGUGUUGAUAUACAUGGAGAGUAUGUUCAAGGUGGCAAAGCUAAUAAUGUCGGUCAAUCACUAUAUGCAACUGGUACAAAGUGUGGAACUCUUCCUUGUCCUCCAUACAAUGACAAUCUAGCUGUGUAUUGUGUGGUUUGUUCCAAAUAA